AUGCGUCUGCUGGUGCGUUGUGCGGUGACCUGGGUGAUGAGUCUGAGUCUGAUGUAUUACUUCACCACGCAUACUGGCGACGCAGUCGUCUCUCUCGUCAUUUUCUGCUUCAUCGUCGAUGAGCUCCUCCGCUUCUACUGGAUGUGCUACCGAGCCGACCUCCUCCAGCAGGCGGUGAGUGGGAACAAGCGGCGUGCCACAAGGACUACACAAGCUCCCCAUCUCACUCGCAACCUGUCCCAGUCGAUGAGAAAAUCUUUUCGACACCUCGCCCUGGAGGACACCGUCUGGGAGCUCUACCAGCGACUGGACACAUCCCAGCGCCCUCUACUGGCAGCCCUGGCUUCCCGCCUCAACUCCCGCCGGGCCGUCGUCAGCGUCGGGGGCUUAGGAGUGCUGGGGCGACGUCUUCUUCUCUCCUUCGUCAACCUCUCCUGCACCUACACCGCCAUCCUCUACCAGUACCGCCCCAAUAUACUCGACGUACCUGAUAAUACCACUCUUACUAGCCUCUAG